ACUUUCUCGGGAUUCAACCUCAUAUCACUUGAGCCAAAUUUCUUUACAUAUUCCUUGAAAUUAAUUCAAUUCAAUCCCACCACCAUUGCCAUCGCUCUCUUAAACCCAUCUCCAUCCUCCUUGAUGAUUAAUAAUAUACAAUCAAUUCAUCACACCAAAUGAUUACAUUCUCCAAUUGACCGAUAUGAUGGGGUCAAAUCCCUACAACAAAUUCUUCAUUUUCUCCCAAUUUUAGGUAUCUCUUUCUUCAUCUAUACGUGUUUCUGCGUUUCCAAUGCUUCAUGCAUGCAUCCAUCACCACAACAUGAUGCUACAAACGAUUCUUCGUGAAUUCGCAUUGUGAUUUAAGAUUUAAGGAGUUUUGAGGUCAUGGUGUGGAAUGAUUAAAUGGUUGAGUGUUUUGAAAUCCGAUAAACCGUUUCUUGAUGCAGGGAGGUGUGAUCAAGAUUUGCAAUUCCUAUUAGGGGUUGUUUUGGUGCAGAAUGGCCUCAACACCUGAUUGUGCACCUCUUAUGAAGGCUACAUCCCAUGGGGUUUUCCAAGGAGAUAGUCCUCUUCAUUAUGCACUCCCUCUUGUAAUUUUACAAAUGUGCCUUGUGCUCAUACUCACUCGAGUCCUCGCUUACCUUUUAAAGCCGUUAAGGCAACCUCGAGUAGUUGCAGAGAUCGUAGGUGGAGUUUUGCUUGGGCCUUCGGCUUUGGGCCGAAACAAAGCAUAUCUUCAUACGGUUUUUCCUCCAAGAAGUCUUACAGUGUUAGACACACUAGCUAACAUCGGGCUUCUGUUUUUCCUUUUUCUCGUUGGGCUCGAGCUUGACUUGAACUCCCUUCGCCGGACGGGUAAGAAAGCGCUGUCUAUAGCCAUGGCAGGAAUCAGCCUCCCGUUCAUCUUAGGCAUCGGUGUUUCAUUUAUACUUAUUGGGACAAUCUCUGGAGGUGUGGACGAAGGCCCAUUUAUUGUUUUCAUGGGUGUCGCCAUGUCGAUUACAGCUUUCCCAGUACUCGCGCGUAUUUUAGCCGAACUCAAGCUCUUGACUACGGAUGUAGGGAAAAUGGCGAUGUCAGCAGCCGCGGUAAACGACGUGGUGGCUUGGAUUUUACUUGCACUAGCUGUUGCUUUGUCGGGUACAGGUCGUUCGCCACUUGUUGCACUAUGGGUUUUCUUGUGUGCCUCGGGUUUUGUUCUUUUGUGCUCGUUUUUGGUCCCACGUGUAUUCAAUUGGAUGUCCCAACGGUGCCCGAAUGGUGAGCCGGUUGACGAGUUGUACGUUUGUGUGACUCUAGGUGGGGUUUUGGCUGCAAGUUUUGUGACGGAUACUAUUGGGAUUCAUGCACUUUUUGGGGCAUUUGUUGUUGGAGUUUUGAUCCCGAAAGAAGGUCCUUUUGGUGGGGCGUUAGUGGAAAAAGUUGAGGAUCUCGUCUCGGGUUUAUUUCUACCGCUUUACUUUGUCUCAAGUGGUUUGAAGACGAAUGUAGCAUCGAUCAAAGGGGCUCGGUCGUGGGGGCUGUUACUUUUAGUCAUUUUUACAGCUUGUUUUGGGAAGAUUGCCGGCUCGGUUGGGGUUUGUCUUAUGUGGAAAAUGCCGUUCAUGGAAGCUCUUGCAAUCGGGCUUUUGAUGAACACCAAGGGCUUGGUUGAAAUCAUUGUCCUAAACAUCGGGAAAGACCGAGGGGUUCUGAACGAUGAAACAUUUGCUAUACUGGUGUUAAUGGCGCUAUUGACGACAUUUAUCACAACUCCUCUAGUUGUUGCAGUAUACAAACCCGCUAAAACGCCAUCAAACUCCGAAUACAAACACCGAACUCUUGACGGGAGAGGCUCUUCCACAAGCCCGUUCCGUAUGUUGUUCUGUUUCCACAGUGUAAGAAACAUACCAACCAUGAUCAAUCUAAUUGAGGUUUUACGCGGGACUGGAAAACGAGAAGUACUUUUGGUUCAUGCAAUGCACCUAAUGGAGCUUUCGGAGAGGUCUUCGGCUAUACUAAUGGUUCACAAAGCAAGGAAAAACGGGCUCCCGUUUUGGAAGAAGGAUACCAAUUCGGGUUCUGACCAGAUCGUGGUGGCGUUUGAGGCUUUUCAGCAGCUGAGUAGGGUCGCCAUCUGGCCAACGACUGCCAUAUCUGCUGUUUCAAGCAUGCAUGAAGAUAUAUGUAGUGGCGCAGAGAGCAACCGGGCUGCCAUGAUUAUACUCCCGUUUCAUAAGCACCUUAGACUCGAUGGCCAACUCGAAACCACACGAGCUGAGUACAGACACGUGAACAAAAAGGUCUUGGAGUACGCCCCGUGUUCAGUCGGGAUCUUAGUCGACCGCGGUUUUGGUGGGACCUCUCAUAUCGCGGCGAGCAAUGUCAACUCCCUAGUAACGGUCUUAUUCUUCGGCGGCCAAGAUGACCACGAGGCAUUAGCCUAUGGGGCCCGGAUGGCUGAGCAUCCCGGUAUCAACCUUAUUGUAGCCCGGUUCCUUCUCAACCCUAGUGCAACCGCCACCUCUGGAUCCAUCACCAUCGACAUCAAAGAAUCCAACACCAUCGAAACUCAAACUUCGGACAACGAUGUAAUUGAAGAAUUUAAGAAAAAGUUUUUGUUGAAGUACAACACGGUGAAGUACGAGGAGAGAGUGGUAGCGGACGCCUCUGAGACAGAGGCGAUGAUUCGGGAAUAUGGUAGGAGUAACCUGUUUCUAGUGGGGAGGAUGCCAGAAGGUGUGGUUGUGGAGUUUCUGAAGAAGAAUAGCGAGUGCCCCGAAAUGGGACCCGUCGGGAACCUUUUGAUUUCACCAAGUUUCACAACUGCAGCAUCUGUGUUGGUGGUGCAGCAGUAUCAUACACAAUUGUCUUUGCAUUCAUUGGCUUCUUUAAGGGAAGAUGGUACAACUGAUUGGGUGGAUAGUUGAUGAUUGAGGAUUCUAAUUUUCUAAUUAAUCUCAUAACAUCGGACACCCUUUUCAGUUUGAUGUUAAAAGAUGUAUAGGAUUUCUAUGUGUAUAAAAUAGAAAAAGGUAACGAUCAUUGGGAUACAAAAUGUAGAAAACAUAUAAAAGAGUGACACGAGUAACUAAAGGGGGUUUUGAACUCCGAAACUUUAACAA